GAGCGGCGCCUCUCGCCGCAGGGAGCGGGUGCGCGCCAUGUUCUACCACGCCUACGAGCACUACCUGGAGAGCGCCUUCCCCUACGACGAGCUGCGCCCGCUCACGUGCGACGGGCAGGACACCUGGGGCAGCUUCUCCCUCACGCUCAUCGACGCCCUGGACACGCUGCUGAUCCUGGGAAACGUUUCCGAGUUCCAGAGGGUUGUCAACGUGCUGCAGGAAGGUGUCGAUUUUGACAUCGAUGUCAACGCGUCCGUUUUUGAAACUAACAUUCGAGUGGUGGGCGGUCUCCUCUCCGCUCACUUGCUGUCGAAGAAGGCUGGUGUUGAAGUAGAAGUGGGAUGGCCCUGCGCUGGACCUCUCCUCCGGAUGGCAGAGGAAGCCGCUCGCAAGCUCCUGCCGGCUUUCCAGACCCCAACUGGGAUGCCUUAUGGAACAGUGAACUUGCUACAUGGAGUAAACCCUGGCGAGACCCCAGUUACCUGUACUGCUGGAAUUGGUACAUUUAUAGUGGAAUUUGCCACUUUAAGCCACCUAACUGGUGAUCCGGUGUUUGAGGAUGUUGCCAGGAAGGCCCUGAAGGCACUGUGGAAAAAUCGUUCGGAUAUUGGGCUGGUUGGUAACCACAUUGAUGUGCUAACUGCCAAAUGGGUAGCUCAAGAUGCUGGCAUUGGGGCCGGAGUGGACUCCUACUUUGAAUACCUUGUUAAAGGAGCCAUUCUCCUGCAGGACAAGGAGCUGAUGUCCAUGUUCCUAGAAUAUAACAAAGCUAUCAAAAAUUACACAAAGUUUGAUGACUGGUACCUCUGGGUUCAGAUGUACAAAGGAACAGUGUCCAUGCCUGUUUUCCAGUCCCUGGAGGCUUACUGGCCAGGCCUACAGAGCCUAAUUGGAGAUUUAGAUAAUGCCAUGCGAACCUUCCUCAACUAUUACACAGUUUGGAAGCAGUUUGGUGGCCUGCCCGAGUUCUACAACAUUCCCCAGGGCUAUACAGUGGAGAAGAGAGAGGGAUAUCCACUCCGGCCUGAGCUGAUUGAGAGCGCAAUGUACCUGUAUCGUGCUACACGAGACCCCACGCUCCUAGAGCUGGGAAGAGAUGCAGUGGAGUCCAUAGAGAAAAUCAGCAAGGUGGACUGUGGAUUUGCAACAAUCAAAGACUUGAGAGAUCACAGACUGGAUAAUCGCAUGGAAUCCUUCUUUUUAGCUGAAACAGUGAAAUAUUUGUAUCUGCUGUUUGACCCAGACAACUUCAUUCACAAUGAUGGGUCAGACUUUGAUGUGGUGCUCACACCAUAUGGGGAAUGCAUCCUGAAUGCUGGAGGAUACAUCUUCAACACUGAAGCUCAUCCCAUUGACCCUGCUGCACUGCAUUGCUGUAGGAAGCGGAAAGAAGAGCAAUGGGAGGUAGAAGACUUGAUGAGAGAAUUUUACUCCUUGAAGAGAAACAAGAAAUUUAUUUUAAAAAGAGCUUCAGACCAUGGUGAAGGGGAAAGCACGCAAGACUCUGCAGAUACCUCUUCAGAGAGUGCCGGAGAGAAAAGAAACUCUAAGAAGAACACACAUUCCCUCCUCAGUUGCCCCAGUCAAUCUUUUAACUCCAAACUUGCAGUACUGGGACAGGUCUUCUUAGACAACAGUUGAUUCCAUUCUUAUCACCAGUUUAAAUUAUUGAUCUUGA